AUGAAGAAGUUCCAACUCACCAGGCAAAACUACUUAAAAGCCAUAGAAUUCCUCACUAAUAAGUACGGUAAUCCUGAAGAACUCAUUCGCCAGCUCCUCAGAAAGAUGGACAAAAUCUCCCUUCACUCGUCGUCCAUACACGAGCAACGCAGACUAUUGGAAGACAUAGAAGCCAUCAUAGGCCAAUUAGUGCAAAAAGGUGAAAAUGUCGACAAUCAGUCCAUGUAUCAAAAGGUUCUUUCGAAAUUUCCAGUCGGGAUCCAACGUAAAGUUAUUCACAAAAAGAUCACUUCUCCCGACGAACCCUUCACCAUGCAGCAGCUUCUAAAAUAUUUUGAAGUGGUUAUAACCAGCGAGGAACAG